CUGGCUGGCUCGGCCUCUUCUCUUUCGCUUCGCGGACCCCCCAAACCCUAGCUCGAGCGCUCCCCUUCUCGGCGGCGGCGGCGGCGGGUGGCGUGAGCGCGAUGGCGAAGUCGCUGCGGUCGAAGCGGGAGAAGCGGCUGCGCACGCUGCGGCGGGAGAUCUCGCAGCCCUUCUACGACAAGAAGGAGGCGGCCAAGCUCGCCGCGCAGGCCGCCGCGCUCGAGGCGCCCAAGGUCCCGGUCCGCGCGCCGCCUCCGUCCCAGGAUUCCGGCAGCUCCCGCGCCGCCGCGAGCUCGGCGGUCGCCAUGGAUGUGGAGAUGGCGGACGAAGGAAAUAACAGAUCCAAGUCCUUGUUGAAGCCGAUUGGCAGCAUUAGCAAGAAGAAAGUACAACUCCACUUGAAGAUCAAGAAAGACAAGAGAAAAGCUAGGAAGAAGGGGAGAUUCAGUAAAAAGUAGGUGCCACAGCUUCUAUGUUAUGAACCAUGCAAUUUUGGUUAGUUUGAACAAUGCAUGUAAUGGACAAUCUCGUGUGUUGUUGUGCACCUAAGUGCUAAUCAUCCACUCUGGAUGUAUACGUAUUGAAACCAGCGAAAGCAGUGACGUCCCCAUUGAGCAGUUUCAUCCAUAUAUUACUAGUAAUUCUUUUCAUUCA